UCCUAGAAGAAGCCUUGUUUUAUCAAAAUUUACUCAAUCUCAUAGUCGCACUUGAUCCGGAGUAUCUUCACUUCAAACUCAUCGGAGUGCUGGUGAAAAUAAAUUUUGGCUGAAAAGGUGCAAAUAUUGUGGUGCCAUUCAAUUUAUAUCAAUCAAGAAUGAAGAUGUGAACUUGUGAUUUUUUCGUGCUUCUAGUUUGGACAAAAAUAAUCAUGAAGUCGUCUGUUCUGUGCAUCCUAGCACUGACUAUAGUGGUGGGAAAAAGUGUGGAGUCAGCAAAUAUCCUAGUUCUGAUGCCACUGCCAUUCCCAAGUCACACCAGAACCUACAUGCCCCUUUUCAAGGAGUUGGCCCUCAGAGGACACAAUGUCACAUUCUACUCGGCGUUUCCUUUCAAAGAAGAAAUUCCCAACUUGAAAACUGUCAUGGUCGAUAAUUUCUUGGAAGGAUUCAUACUACCUAACAGCAUUCGGCCACAAGUUCCAAGCGCCAAUCAUAACCGCAAUCCGUUUCGGGCCGAAAAACUGGCUCAACUUCAAUGUCGGAAACCGAAUCCGUUCUCGUAUGUUGCCGAUUUCCGCCUGGAAGCUGACGGUCAGAUGGAUUAUUUCCAGAGGAUCUCGAAUCUGAUGAUAGGUCUGUUCACGAGGGUUACGGGCUACUACUGGUACCUGCCCAGACAGGAGGCUACCAUGCGCACGUACUUCGAUUACGCAGGUGUUGACACCCUUCCGCCGCUGAAAGAUAUGUUGGCGGCAACUACGAUGUCCCUGGUUGACGGCCAUCAUGCCAUCAGUUACGUGGCACCCAACCUGCCCAAUAUUGUGCCCGUUGGAGGCAUUCAUAUUUCGGCCAAUAGUACGCUUCCUGAGGACCUGAAAAGUGGAUAGAAGACUCGCCCCAUGGCAUAAUCUACCUGAGUUUGGGCUCACCGCUGAGAUCAGCUGAUCUGAAACGCGAAUACGUCGAC